UGUACUGCAAUACCAAGAUGUUUAUCCGCCCGGGAUUCCCGAUUUGAGCAGCAACAUCGUCUCCGUUUCACGUGCGUUUUUACGUAAAUAAUCUGGUUAGGGGUAAUGGCUGUGUUGGGGCAAGCAAUAGCGUCAACUAGCUUGAGGAACUUGCACUUCAACCCUCAAAGCCCUAGUUCAAGACCUACUGUCCCUUCUGGGAUCCAAUGCUCUAACCAUUCUCUCGCUUCUGUGCCUUCCAUCUAUUCUCGCUGUUGGAGGCGAUUCAAAACGAAGUGGAAUGGCCGCUUGAACUGCUCAAUGGAAGAUUUCAAAGAGCAAUCCUAUGGCGAUGACCAUUACAAUCAGGUUCGGGCGGCCUACCCUAAGCCCUCGGAGAUUCCUUGGCAUAAAGAGCUUUGCAACUCCGUCAGUCUCAUUGGCAUUGUCGCCACCCCCGUUGAAAUUAAGCACUUUUCUUCGGGCAAAGUUGUUGCUUGGACCCGCCUCGCCGUCAGGAAAAAUGCUACCCGGACAUCCUGGAUUAAUUUGACGUUCUGGGAUGAGCUGGCACAUGUUGCUUUUCAGCAUUUAGAGAAAGGACACCAAAUUUAUGUUUCUGGUCGUUUAGUUACAGAUACAAUUGAAAGUGAUGACGGGAAACAGAACACUUACUACAAGGUGGUUAGUCAGCAACUGAAUUUCAUUGAAAAGAGCUCCUUCCCAUUGUCCUGGCAUGACCAGGAGUCUGAUUCCAUGAUGUCUGGCAACAAAGGAAACUACGCUGCAAACAAUACUGGCUCUACAGAAGAAUUAUGGCAGGCAUUUUUUGCUAAUCCUGUAGAGUGGUGGGACAAUAGGAAAAACAAGAGGAAUCCUAAGUAUCCUGAUUUUAAGCAUAAAGAUACAGGGGAAGCUCUCUGGGUAGAAGGCAGGUCCAAUCCACCAUGGGUCAAAUCUCAAUUGGCAAUUCUUGAUGCGAGGAUGGGGUCCCUUAUUGAUCAAAGUGGCAAUAUGUCUGCAAAUAUGGUGACUGUUGAUGAAUUAUUGUCUUUCUGAGAUCUACUUCUGCUAAACAUUGAUCAAUUUAAACUUCGGGAAAAUUUUUGUUAGAGCGCUCUAAGUUGAUUGAGCCUACCAGGAGCCAGUAAGGCUUAGUUAACAGCAAUUUGGUGGGUCGGGUUCAUCCUGUUUGGGAAAUUUUCAGCACAAGUCCUGUUUAACCGACUUAUUGGCCACCAAAUUAGUGUUCAUACUAAUACGCCGACUCGUUUGUAUGUAUAAUAUGUAUUUGUUUUAAUAUAAUUAUUAUGUUCUUUUUUCACAUAUAUAA